CUCCAGCUGAUCGGCCCAGCAGUGUCCCCCCGGUGCCGCUGACCGCCGCUGGCUUUGACAGCCCCAACGUCGACUUUAAACUGCUUUAGUUUCACCCAGACAGUGGCCGCUCGUGACGGCAAGGUAUUUAUUUUACGCUGAAUCUCUAAGGAAUAAUCCGGGCCAAGUAUUGACUCUUAAAGCCAAGGUGAUCUGAGCACAAGUUCGAGGCCUUCACUCCAUCCACGGAUUCACCUGCUACACGGAGAGCUCGUCACGGCUUACCGACAUGGGGGACACGGGGAGUGAAGGCAGCAAGCCUACGAGCAACGUCAACGUUAUACCUCCGCGCUGCCCAUGUGGAUUCUGGGGGAGUAUCCAGCACAGAUACAUUCUUGAGUUCAGUCUCCACUCCUACGAAACGUUCACAUGAAUCAGAGUCAGACAAUGAUACUUCUUCACCUGAGAAACGAGCAAGAGUGAGUCAGGACCCUGAGCACGAGGAGUGUUCGUCGUCAUCACCGUCUUUGUCAGCAUCAUCGCCGUCGUCUCGCAGCGGCUCUAAACAGCGGAGCCGCAAACGUUGUCAUCGCUGCCAAACUAAACUGGAGCUGGUACAGCAAGAGCUGGGCUCCUGUCGCUGCGGCUAUGUGUUCUGUAUGCUCCAUCGUCUUCCUGAGCAGCACGAGUGUCUCUUCGACCAUCUGGGUCACGGUCGUCAGGAGGCCGUCCUCAAGAUGGUCAAGCUCGACCGUAAGGUGGGCCGCUCAUGCCAGCGUAUCGGGGAGGAGUGCUCCUGAGCAGGCGUUCCCCCAGGAAAACCUCUGUGUCCAGACGGCAUCUCAGUUCUAACAGGGAUAUGAUUUUCUUCCUUUAACUUCAUCCUACAGGGUUUUUACAUUUUCUUUUGAGGAAUGCAAACCUGCAUUCUUUCAUUUUUA